AUGUCAAGUAGUCAACGAGCAGAAAGUGGACAUGCAUUUUUCAAGAAAUUUGUUUCGAAGAACAAUUCAUUGGUGGAUUUUAUGAUACAGUUUGGCAGGAGACUAGUGCACCAAUGUCACGAGGAGUUGAUGGCCGAUCACAAAGAUGUAAUUGAGAAACCUAAACUUAGAAUAAAUCAUGAUUUUUUGGAGCAAAUGGUUGAUAUUUACACGAAUGAGAUGUAUUACAAGUUUGAGGCUGAAGUGUGUGACAGCUUUAACUACAAGUUGCAAUUUGUUCGGGAAACCGACAAUCACCGUGUUUAUCAAAUUCAAAGAAAGAAACACGCAACAAGUAAAAUCCGUAAAAUCGUUUAUGACAAGGACUUGAAUUUGGUUUCUUGUAGUUGUAAAAAGUUCGAAAGCGCCAGAAUCCCAUGUACGCACAUUAUCUCAUAUUUAAUGAAAUUUGAUGUUGAAAUAUUGCCCGAUAAAUACAUCUUAAAGAGGUGGACUAAGUCUGCAAAAUCGGGGACAAUAGAUGAUGAUAAAGGUAUGCAGAUAUCUCCUGAUACUUCUUAUCUUUUAGCGAGGAGUCAAUUUAUCCAAUCGUCUUUGGAUUUAGUUGACAAGGCCUUAGUAUGUGAAGAAACAAGGACGAUGUUUACCAAUGGAUUGUGUAGCAUUAAUGAGCAAAUUGUCCAAUUUCUUAGUAGCCGCAUGGCGAUAAUGAGCUUCACUGAGAAAAGUUUGCUUAUAUUCGGCGGUGGCCUUGCAAAUAUUCCUGCCACAGUCAUGAAUCUCCAUGGUUUUGAGGCUCCCAGUGAUUAUGAAACAACCCUAAUCGAAGUUGCUGCCACAGUCAUGAAUCUCCAUGGUUUUGAGGCUCCCAGUGAUUAUGAAACAACCCUAAUCGAAGUUGUCGACAAAUGA